AUGAGGACAUCUAUUCCCCAAGACAAAAUAAAUAUCUCUCCAACAAGCAUCAUUGAUCGAGUGGAGAAGGUAGUCUAUGGAGAUUACACUCCAAAACAAUGGGGACAGUAUGUAACUCAAUUACUUCCAAAGAAAACUUGUGGCAUCAGCUGGACAAGCAAGAAGUUUGCACUCCAUUGCGAAACAUGCCAGAAUGACAUUAAUAGCUGUGUUUGUUUGAAAUGUUUUCUGAAUGGAAAGCAUGAAGGCCACCAGGUGUCUUUCAGAUAUUCUUCAAACGCUUCUUGUGACUGUGGUGAUAAGCAGUUAUGGAAGGAAGAAGGAUUUUGUCCAGAUCAUCCUGGCUGUUCAGAACAUCUCGAAAAAACAGACAUUCCUCAGGAUUUAUACCAAAAAUACGAACUUGUUUUUCAAGCACUCAUCAAGGUUCUCCCACUUUCAUUCGAUAAUAAUGAAACUAAUGCUGCAGAAAGAAUUGUCAAUUUUAUGCUCUUACAUACUUCAUAUGGUGAUGCAAUUCGUCGUUGCUUUACAUUAGCUUUCUCUCGCUAUGCUGAUAUACCAAGAAUUUUCGAUAAUAUACAUAAUAUUGGAAAAGCAGCUCAAAAUUUCUCAACUUUACUUUCAAACGUUUCAAACGAUCCAGUAUUUAGAAGGGAUAUCGCUCCUAGGCUAAUUUUCUGUCUUCCUAUCUUUGUUAACAGAUCAAUGAUUGUAAAUCUUGAAGCAAAGGGAGGCAAGAAGUACAAAGGCGUAGAAGAAAUCGAGGAAUUCUCUAAAGGCAUUUUCCACUGGUUUUCAACUUCAAAUCUCGAUCUUUUGUUCCGAAAAGGAUUUAAUUGGCCGCAGCAAGCCAUAGCCAUCCUCAGAGCCCUCUGCAUAUUAUCAGUAAAAGCUCCGAAUAUGAAUACAGUCAAAAACACUCAAAUUGCAGAUAUUUUGGGCCAAUUUGAUUCCUGCAUUGUUCCUGAGGAAGAUCCAGACGCAAUCAAGAAUAUAGCAUUGCAAAUAGCAGAGAGAUUAGUCCAGACAGCUGGAAUUCAUCCAUUUACACGACAAAUGAAUAUAAAAGUUGAUGAUCCAAACCAAAUUCAAUCUAUCGUUCACAACUUCGAAUUUACAGUUGGCGGAUUCAUGACAUCAUUAAAUUCAAUUCCAAAAGCGUUUUCUCCAAAAGUUUUCGAUGUUUUCGCAGAAUAUAUCAAAAAUAAACAACCGGAAUACGGAAACGUACUUGAUAAAUCAACAGAGAUCUCACAAGCUACAGCUUUAUACAUUCUUCUCGAAAUCGAAUUGAGAUUAUCGAAUGAUAUACCGAAAUGGCUUGACCAUAUGGCCACCAUUGCAGGUAUUACACGUACAGAAUUGUGCAGCCGUAUCGCUUGCUUGCCAAUAAAGCAUAUUGCCGCUUCAAGAUUCGCUCAUUUCAAUAAAUAUGUCAGAAACGAUGAUGAAACGUAUAUUUCGUUAAUUUCUCUUUCAUACAAGUACAACUUACAAUACAGAUUCGCUCCUCUUUUCGCUUUAGUCCAAAUUUGUGCUGAAUAUACAGAAGAUAUCAACAGUUUCAUGAAAUAUAUGGCUAUUACGUACGGCGUAUUAUCUGAUAAUGAAGAAGAAAGGUCACUUUCCCUUUCAAUUUUCGUUCUUGACUCUUUAUUCUUAGUUACUGACAGAUCCUGCUUCAUGAAUGACUCUGGAGACCUCUUGGAUUCAACAAUUGUUGCUUUACUCAAGAGCGGAGACAAGAGUUACUCAGAUAUCCAAUCAACACUCCCUAAUAUUAAGAAUGUGGCCACGCAAAUCCCAUUACAUAUCAACAAUCUCACUAAGACAAUUACUACUGGCUCAAAGUCCCUCUUGACCCUCAAAGAUUCCCAUCCUUGGACUCUUGGAGUUCCAUGGGUCAAAACCAACUACAAUUAUUCAAUUUUGAAUGAGUUUUCUGCCAAAAAUAAAGAGAUCCCAUUUUCAUUCCCAUUACAAGAUGAUGACCGCAAAGGCCUUCUAAGGAUACUUUCAACACCUGCUGUUAAAUAUUCCGCAAUUUAUUUAACAAGUACACAAAAUACAGCUGAUGGACAACUUCUCAACGGCUACCUCAACGUGUUAUGCCAGUUAGAAGGCUAUAAUACCACUAUUGUUCCAUCAAAAGAGGCAAUUCGCCCUGAUAUCAACAAUUUCGAUCAGAAUUUGACACAAUUAAUCAUCAAUACCUACGAUUUAGGCGAAAAGACAAUGUCACUAACUGAUCUUGCCAAGGAAAAUCCUACAACAGCCGCUUUAUUGGCAAAAUUCGGAGUUCAAAUCGGAAAUACUCUUGACAAAGUAGCCCAGAUCAAGAAGAACAAAGAGCGCGCAAGGGCAGCAAGAGAAAGAGCCAUCCAAUCAUUGAACAUCAACAACAAUUUGUUCAAUGACAUGGAAGAUGUCGACGACGAAGCCGAUUUGAAGCAAGUCUGUUCCAUCUGCCAGGAAGAAGGAACCGAACCUCUCAAUCUCCCAGUGUUCGUUCAUACAUCUCUCGUUCCAUCAAUCAUAGAAAAGAGUUUACGAACAUUUAAUACAGACCAUUCGAUUAAAUACGAGAGCUACAAAGUCUGUACAGCAUGCCAGCAUAUCUGCCAUUCAGAUUGCGUCAUGAGGCAAGAAUCUGGCUGUUUCUACUGUUCUCUUUGCAGAGGAUUGCGAAAUGACAUGAUUCCUCUCUGCAAAUACACCAACUUCGACAUAGAUGAAGUCGAUUUGGAUGAACCAAUCAACGGACCACAAGAUUCAAUUCUUAAUUACACUUCAUCUGUCAUUUCACAACUGAUUUCCUCCAGUGUUGUGAACCUCGAAGCAAGACACAGAAUGAAUCCAGGAGCAUUAGAUUCACCAGCCAAUUCCAUGCUGUAUAAAUCUCUUUUCGCAAUUGCGUGGAAGAAAGCACAUAUGCCAUCAGAUGACUUGAUAACGUUCAACAACAACAAACUCUGCAAUCUCGUGAAACAGUUGUCAAUGCAGGACAAACCAGGCCUUGAAUACACGAGAAUUGUCAAAUCAAUUUGUGAAGAAAUCACUGAUAAAGAAGAAAUAUAUCCAUUCAUGAGGAGAGCAGCAAUUCUUCAGGCAUUGAUAUUCUCUUUGAAUAAGGACCAGUUCUUUGAAUGGGAUGAAUAUUUAGAGUACGAAAAUCUUUGUCAGAAAUUCUGUAUCGAACCUGUAAAAGAUGUCGAUAUUUCUGUCAUACCGUUCAAAUUAAUUAAUCUUCCUCAAUGUCCUGUUGAAUUGUACAGGCCUCCUUUCGAUGAGGACACGAUGCCUUACGAGUCUGAAGUAUAUUACUGUCUGUUGGAUAAGCAUUUGUUGAUUAGACAAAAUGAUCAACUCCAGCAGACAUUGAAUACGAGAUAUAAAGGUGCUGUUAUUCCUGUCAUUCAACUGACAAAUGAAAAAGCUUUGUCUAUUAAAUACGUGUCAAUUGAGUUGAAUAAGUUCUUCGAAGGACCAAGAGCUUAUUACUCAUUGCUCGGACAGCCUGUGAUUGGUUUGGAAUCAUCUGAUAUUUUGUCUCUUUCUCAAGACAAAGUUACUGAAAUUGAAGAUGAUUUGUUGUCUGGAAACUUUACAAGAAUUUGA